AUGGCCUCCCAGCUCGCCCCUUACAAGCAGGACUUCCUGAAAGCCGCCAUUUCUGGCGGCGUCCUGAAGUUCGGCUCCUUCGAGCUCAAGUCGAAGCGCAUCUCUCCCUACUUCUUCAACGCCGGCGACUUCUACCGCGCCGACCUUCUCCGCGCCAUCUCUGUUGCUUACGCCAACACCGUCAUCGAGGCCCGCAAGACUACUGGACUCGAGUUUGACAUCGUCUUCGGCCCGGCCUACAAGGGCAUCCCCCUCGCGACCUCUACCACCGACAAGCUCGCCGAGCUCGACCCUGAGCACUACUCCCAGACCUGCUACUCCUUCGAUCGCAAGGAGGCCAAGGACCAUGGCGAGGGCGGCAACAUUGUCGGUGCGCCCCUCAAGGGCAAGAAGGUCCUGAUUGUCGACGAUGUCAUCACCGCUGGCACCGCUAAGCGGGAGGCUAUUGCCAAGAUCCGCCAGGAGGGAGGUGAAGUUGUUGGAAUCGUUGUCGCUCUCGACCGCAUGGAGAAGCUGCCCGCUGCCGACGGCGACGACAGCAAGCCUGGCCCCAGCGCCAUGGGUGAGAUUAAGAAGGAAUACGGCAUCCCCAUUUUCGCUAUUCUCACCCUCGACGAUAUCAUUGAGGGCGCCAAGAGCUUCGCUUCCGCCGACGACAUUAAGCGCACUGAGGAGUACCGUGCCAAGUACAAGGCCAGCGAUUAA